AAAGCAAAGCUGCCACCCUACCAACAAUCUUUGCUAUCACAGCAGAUAUAUAUCCUCUGCAAUAUCUCUUAGGAGAGUCUCAUUGUUCUUUUUUCUUUGUUCCCAAUUUGAAAAGUGAGUGAACACAUAACCUGAAAGUGAAAAUGGAACAAACAAAGGAAGAAGUAGAAUCAGUAGGUGUUGAUGAGGAGAAAUGGGUUUAUGAUUCUUCUGUGGAUCAUAAAGGAAGGGUUCCUCUCCGAGCCAGCACCGGUGUAUGGAAGGCCUCACUCUUCAUUAUCGCAAUUGAGUUCAGUGAGAGGUUAAGCUACUUUGGCAUAGCAACAAGUUUAAUCAUAUACCUGACCAGGGUGAUUCAUCAGGACCUCAAAACAGCAGCAAAGAGCUGCAAUUACUGGAUUGGUGUUACCACUAUUAUGCCAUUGUUUGGAGGGUUCUUAGCCGAUGCUUACUUGGGUGGAUUCUCUACUGUGUUGGCUUCAUCUAUUGUCUAUCUUCUGGGUUUGAUUCUCUUGACAAUGUCCACACUGGUUCCAAGCUUAAAGCCUUGCAGUGACACCGGCAUUUGUCAAGAACCGCGAAAGAUUCAUGAAGUAGUCUUCUUCCUUGCAAUCUACCUGAUCUCCAUAGGCACUGGAGGUCACAAACCAUCAUUAGAGAGCUUUGGAGCUGAUCAAUUCGAUUAUGAUCAUCCUGAGGAAAGAAUAAAGAAGAUGUCUUUCUUCAACUGGUGGAACUUUGGCCUAUGCUCUGGCUUAUUGCUUGGUGUAACAGUGCUUGUUUAUGUUCAAGACCAUAUGACUUGGGCUGUUGCAGAUGUUAUACUCACAGCUGUAAUGGCUACUAGUGUGGUGAUUUUUUGUAUCGGAAGGCCGUUUUAUCGGUACAGGAAACUGACAGGAAGUCCCUUAACACCGAUGUUGCAAGUUGUUGUGGCUGCCAUUAGGAAGAGAAAUCUUCCUCGUGUUUCGGAUCCUGCUGAAUUGUAUGAAGUUCCAAAGUUGCAGAAGACCAAGGGGAGGCUUCUCUGCCAUACUGAUAAGCUUAAGUUUCUUGACAAGGCCGCAAUCCUAGAAGACAAACAUACUUCAUCCCAAAACCAACAAAAUCCAUGGAGACUCACAACUGUAACCCAAGUCGAGGAAUUGAAGCUAAUCAUCAACAUGAUUCCCAUUUGGCUCUCCACCUUGCCAUUCGGUGUUUGCAUCGCACAAUCCUCAACAUUCUUUAUCAAACAAAGCAUCGCCCUCAAUCGUAAAAUCACCCCCGAUUUCACAAUCCCUCCGGCCUCAAUCUACUCUCUCACUGCCAUCGCAAUGAUCAUAUCGGUCACCCUCUAUGAAAAGACCCUUUUACCCUUAUUAAGGCGCGUGACAGGCAACGAGCGAGGCAUCAAAAUCCUCCAGAGAGUGGGGAUUGGGAUGUCAUUUUCUGUCGUGACAAUGGUUGUCGCAGCCUUGGUGGAAAGAAAGAGGCUAAAGCUAGUAGAGACCGCUUCAACUUCCGCCUCGAUGAGCGUGUUUUGGUUAGCUCCCCAGUUUCUGAUCAUUGGAUUCGGGGAUGGAUUUGCAGUAGUGGGAUUGCAAGAGUAUUUUUAUGACCAAGUUCCCGAUUCGAUGAGAAGUUUGGGAAUGGCAUUUUAUUUAAGUGUGUUCGGAGUUGCGAAUUUCAUUAGUAGUCUGUUGAUCACGGUGGUGGACCGUGUGACGGAGAAGGAAGGAAAGAGUUGGUUAGGGAAGGACUUGAAUAGUAGCCGAGUGGACAAGUUUUAUUGGCUGUUGGCAGCCAUCGCGGCGGUGAAUUUGUGUGUGUAUGUGUUGUUGGCUAGGAGGUAUUCUUACAAGAAUGUGCAGGGAAGGGGUGCUGUGGCUGUGGCUGAUUGCGAAAUUGCUACUCGUUUUCAAAAUUGA